UUUAGAAUUACAUAUAUAUAUGUAACAUGUUGGUCUUUCAGAGUUAAGAGACAUAUUGACUUUCGAAAUCUCUGAUUCUCCAAAUCAGGUCGAGGACACAUGAGAGAAAGCCACAGUUUUUACGCUUCUCCUGGACACGUGGUUAAACUGCAGCAUGGCCAAAUCAAGCUCUCUUCAGAAAACAACAUUAAGUAAAGGAGUGAAGGUGACUUUCACUAAAGCUGCUGAUGAAGAGGAGCUUCCCAAUGAUAAAGAGGAGCUUCCCAUUGAUGAAGAGGAGCUUCCCAUUGAUGAAGAAGCCAUCAGUGCCAGUGAAGAUGAGGAGGGCAGUGAUGAUGAGAGGAAACACAACAAGCUCCUGGAAGCCAUCAGUUCCCUGGGUGGAAGAAAGAGGAAAAAGCAGAAUGAGCGUUCUGAAGCGAGUGUCCAGGUCUCCGAGUUCUCCGUCAAUGCAGAGGGCACUGGAGAGAAAAUCAACCUUUCUGACCUCCUGGGGACCGUGGAGAAAACCUCAGGAACCUCCAACAAGACCAAGAAACAGCUGAGGAACCUACAAAACAGUAAAGAGACUUUGGAGCUGCCUCUCAACAAACAGCAAACAGAGAAGAUUCAGAGAGGGAUAGCAUAUGAGAAGGCCGCUGAAGAGGUGUCCUGCUGGAAAAACAUCAUAUUCCAGAACCGUAAGGCUGAACAAGUGGUGUUUCCUCUGAACCAAGAAGCCUUAGGACCUAAACGGGUGGAGCAGGUCGUGGCUGGAUGGAAGGUUCAAACUCCUCUUGAACAAGAGAUUUUCAGACUCUUGCACAACAACAGCCAGCCAGUGGUUGACCCUGUUUUGACUCCCGUCGAGGAGGCAUCGCUUAAAGCCAUGAGCUUGGAGGAGGCGAAGAUUCGUCGUGCUGAGCUUCAAAAGGCAAGAGCGCUCCAGUCAUACUAUGAGGCAAAAGCCAAAAGAGAAAAGAAAAUCAAGAGUAAAAAGUAUCACAGGGUUCAGAAGAAAGCCAAACGCAAGGAGUUUCUGAAGCAGUUUGAAGAAAUGUGUAAGAGAGAUGCUGAAGGUGCUUUGGAUGAGCUCAAAAAGAUGGAACUGUCCAGGAUGAAGGAGAGAAUGUCUCUCAAACAUCAGAACAAAGGCAAGUGGGCCAAAUCAAAGGCCAUCAUGGCAAAAUAUGAUGAUUCGGCACGUAAAGCAAUGCAGGAGCAGUUGCAGAUGAAUAAGGAUCUUACACAGAAGAUGGUGGUGCUUUCUGAUGAUGAAGAUGAAAGUAAGGACGAAGAAUUGGAGACCGUUCCUGAUUUUGUGAACGAUCCUGAGCCGAUCAUUGACUCGGUCAAUCCCUGGAUGAAAGGCCAACUUACACGUGAACAGCCUGAGGUCAGGUGCGUCACACCCGAGGAGGCUGAAACCCCAGUAGAGGAACACGAGGAAGAGGAACUUCUUGGAGAAUUUGAGAGGAAGAGGAGGCUGAGGCAAAUUGAUGAAGAGGGCUCGACUCCUGCGGAAGAAAAGGCAGAACAUGCAAGCGAGGUGGUUGGCGAAGAUGUGGUGGAGAUUCCUGACAAUGAGGAGAAUGAUGAUAAAGAAGAGGAGGAGGAGGAGGUGGAAGAGGAGGAGGUGGAUGUUUCUGAGUUUAACACCCUUUUCAAGCUUAUGAGGAGUGAGAAGUCACAGGAAGGGCAAGAAGAUGGAGAGGGACUUUUGGAUGAAGGACCGAUUCGAGUCCAGAAUAUUGAAGAUCUGGAGGUUUUGGGUGAGGUUUUCGAGCCCCAACCCACUGUGGCUCCAUCUCGGCCUCAAACAGCUGUUGCAGAGGCACCUUCAGCGCCAACUAAUAAAAAGAACAUGGAAAUCAACCUCCGUGAAGUGCUUACCAAAGAAGCCAAAGUCAUCAAAGUUCCCUUUUUGCCAACAGUGGUUGAAGAUGAGCAUGAUGAACAGAUUUCUAUCAUCAAGGAGGCUUUUGCUGGGGAUGAUGUCAUUUCUGAUUUCAUGAAAGACAAAAGGAAACAGGAAGCUGCAGCGAGGCCCAAAGUGGUGGACCUGACCCUGCCAGGCUGGGGGGAGUGGGGGGGUGUCGGGCUCAAACCCUCCCGCUGGAAACGCAGAAGGUUUAGGGUGAAAAUGGCCCCACCGCCUCCCAGGCAAGACCAGAAACUGCCUGAUGUCAUCAUAUCAGAGAAGAGAAAUGCAUCCCUCGCUCCCCAUCAGGUUAGUCAUCUACCGUUUCCCUUUGAAAACACGACACAGUUUGAAUCUUGCAUCCGUACUCCUAUUGGGCUGACGUGGAACACACAGAAUGUUGUGAAGAAGAUGACAAAACCUAAAGUUGUCACGACAAUGGGUGCGAUCAUCGAGCCUAUGGUCAAAGAGGACUUAAUAAAGAGUAGGACCACAGCGGCUAAAGGACCAGCAAUCAUGUUUAGAGAGGACAAAGGGGCGAGAAAGGGCGCAAAACGGCCAUCAGAAAGAAAUCAAAGAAGAUCACGGAAGAGGAAAAAGUAACAGACUUGGACAUUUGUGUCUUCCGUCAGUGGAUAUAUAGAUUUUAUUUGUGAGGAAAAUGUUUCAAGAGGACAUCUCUAAUAAAUCACCAAACAAACUU